UGUGCGUUGCCUUUGGCAUCCUAAGCUGAACCAGAUCAUGGUUGGUACAGGAAAUGGUUUGGCCAAAGUGUACUAUGAUCCUGUCAAAAGCCAGAGGGGAGCAAAAUUAUGCGUGGUCAAAACAAAACGAAAAGAGAGACAAGCAGAGACUCUUACACAGGAUUACAUUAUAACACCUCAUGCACUUCCAAUGUUCCGUGAACCACGACAGCGAAGCACGAGGAAACAGCUGGAGAAGGAUAGGCUGGACCCCAUGAAGUCUCACAAGCCCGAACCUCCAGUAGCAGGACCAGGUCGUGGUGGUCGUGUUGGAACUCAUGGAGGUACCUUGUCAUCAUAUAUAGUCAAGAAUAUCGCACUGGAUAAGACAGAUGAUAGCAACCCUCGAGAAGCUAUUUUACGUCACGCAAAGGAAGCGGAGGAGAAUCCAUACUGGGUUGCUCCGGCAUAUGCUAAAACGCAGCCAAAAACAGUUUUUGCAGAAGUGGAACCAGAAGAUGAAGAAACAGACAAGCCAGAGUGGAAAAAACGUAAAAUUUGAA